GGCAAUGGCGCAAUGACGCAAUGGCUGAAGCCUGGAGCUUUUUCCAGGUGACCCACAUGAUAGCAGCACCCCUCCUUCACCAAGACCCACGCCAAGAUCAGCCCCCUGCCCUGCGGUUCUCCAGUGCCCACAGCUGCUUUCUCCUCCCCAAGGCUGAAGCCAGACCUCCCACCUUACAGCGAGGAUGGAGAGCAAGGAGGAAGACCACGGUGCAGCUGGCAGCCACGAGGAAGACGAGCAGCGAGGCGAUGGCACCAUGGUCCCAGAUGAUGAAAGCCGCCUUGCAGACAUCAUCGAGUAUAUCAGGAAGGCACUGAGCAGGGAGGAGCUGCAGCGGCUGCUGGCGGAAGACGAGGCCUGGGGGAUAUUCGUGCGUAGGGCAGAAUUGUCCAGUGAGGAGGCACACGCGCUACGUGAAGCCCUGGCCAAGUGUAGCACAGGCACGGCCAUGGACUCGGUCCCAGACAAGGACCCGGAUGUGGACCUGGAAGACGAAGAAGAGCGGCAGGUGAGGGAGAGGUUUUUGAAGGCGUUUCCGCAGGUGAAAGCACAGCUGGAGGAGAGCAUAGCAAAGCUGCACGCCCUGGCAGACAAGGAACUUCUGGCUGGAAGAACAAGUCUCAUUACACGGACGCUCGGUGCGCAACACUUAGGACGGGUGGACCAGCAAGGACUCCCUGCAGUGAAGAUGGAGAGCAAGGAGGAAGACCAUGGCACAGCUGGCAGCCAUGAGGAAGAUGAACAGGGGGGCGAUGACACCAUGGUCCCAGAUGACGAAAGCUGCUUUGCAGACAUCAUUGAGUAUAUCAGGAAGACACUGAGCAGUGAGGAGCUGCAGCGGCUGUUGGCGGAAGACGAGGCCUGGGAGAUAUUCGUGCGUGGGGCAGAAUUGUCCAGUGAGGAGGCACAUGCGCUACGUGAAGCCCUGCUCAGUUAUUACACAGACACGGACACGGAGCCAGAGGACAUGGAGCCAGAGGACAAGGAACCAGAGGACACGGAGCCAGAAGAUGGAGCACACCGAAGAGAGCAGCAGGACAGGAAGAAGUUUUUGGAGGAGUUUCCACAGGUGAAAGCGCAGCUGGAGGAGAAAAUAGCAAAGCUGCACGCCCUGGCAGACAAGGUGGGCAAGGUGCACCGGGACUGCACCAUCACCAACGUGGUAGCUUCCUCCACUGGGACCGUCUCUGGCAUCCUGAGCAUCGCUGGACUGGCUCUGGCCCCUGUGACUGCAGGAGUCAGCCUGGCACUCACAGCCACAGGGAUAGGGUUGGGCACAGCAGCUGCAGUGACCGGUUUGACCUCUACCCUUGUGGACAGCGGAACAAGGGCAUCAGCAGAAGAGAAAGCUAGCCGCAUCACGUCGAGCAGCGUCAACCAAGUGGAGCUGGUUGCAAAGGCUGUGGGUCAGAGUGUCCCCAAAAUUCUCAAUGUAAGCCGUAGGUUCAUUGAGGUCCUGGAAGAUGUUGGGAAGAACGUCCACGCCAUCAAUAUUGCACAGGCAAACCCGCGCCUUUUGGCCAGUGCUAAGCAAUUCAUGACUGCAGGGAAGAUCUCAGCCCGCAGCACUAGGCAGGUGCAGAAAGCUUUUGGGGGCACUGCUCUGGCCAUGACCAAGGGAGCUCGCAUUGCAGGUGCUGCCACUGCCGGUGUCUUCCUUCUGAUGGAUGUGGUCAGCCUUAUCCAAGAUUCAGUGCACUUGCAUCAGGGUGCCCCUUCUGAGUUGGCUCAAGAUCUGCGGCAGCGGGCUCAGCAGCUGGAAGAGAAGUUGGCACAGCUCAUGGAGAUCUACAGGAGCCUGUAG